AGUGAGAACGAGAUUAUUGCCAGUAAUGCCUGGUUUGGAGAAGAUUGUGGUGUGUUGGUAAUUUCUCAAGGAUUAAAUUCUCUUUUUGACCUAAAUUAUAAUUUUACUUUCAAUUUUGACUUUAUAAACCUAUAAAGAUCUCAAAUAUAUUUGUUUGGAUAUCGAAAUAUUUUAAAUCUUUAUAAAAAUGGUGGAUACUUCACAAAAUAGAGACGAUGAAACUGAGCAAUUAAUAGAUUCAAAUGGGAAUGAAUCAAACGAGGUUAGUAAUGAUCAACAAGAUCAGUCAACUCAGCAACAGCAACAGCAGCAAGGAAUAUCCUAUUGGUCUCUUAUUAAGGGUAUUAUUUUGCGAGCUGUUAUUAUCUAUUUUGUAACCAGUUUUUUCCGGAGACCACAGACCACUCAACAAGGAGGGCAAGUCCCUGAAGCUGCACGUCAAGGUUCAUCCAAUCUUUUUCCUAAUGGAACUUUAAUGGAUCUGUAUUUAUUUGUUUCCGAACACGAAGAAUUUAAUGAAUUUAACAGUUCAGAUUUAUUAAAAUGGUAUCAGCCUGACUUAAUAUAUGGUGAUUGGUACGGUGGACCAGAAGGAAAUGGAAUUUAUACAGUUGAUGUAGACAUUUUUGCAACUGAGAAUGUAAAAAAUAAUGGGAGUCUUUGGAUGCAUUUAUUCAUUACUAAAAGUGGAAAGUCACCAAAUCCUGCUGAUAAAGGAAGAUUUUCUAGGAAAUAUACCAUCUAUAAAAAGAAACGUUUGAACAAGUUCAAGAAACUCCGCUAUCAUCGUACUCAAAAUUUGUUGACCGGAGAGACUUCUGCUACUCCAGAAAUGAUUAAGAAAGCAGAAGACAGUACAGUAGAAAUACUAUCACAUUGGCAUCCAAAUUUGACAUUGAAUAUUAUUGAUGAUCAUACACCAUGGGUUCAAGGACAUGUUCCACCACCAUUAGAUGAAUAUAUUGAAUUUGAACCUAUAACUGGUAAAUAUUAUCCUGUUGUAUAUGUGAAUGAUUAUUGGAAUUUGAUGAGAGAUUAUCAACCAAUAAAUGAAACAACAGAAUAUCUUCCACUUCAUGUUAUUUACCAGCCGCUCUCCUUAUUCCGCUGGCAAUUGUACACAGCUCAGGCGAUGCGAUCUCGUUGGACGUCGUUCCUGGGGCAGGAUCUAAUGGAAGAAUCAGAAGAAGAACAAGAUUCCAUGAAAGAAGCAUUCCUCGAAACCUCACCUUACUUGUUGGGCCUUACUUUUGUAGUUUCUCUUCUUCAUAGCGUGUUUGAAUUCCUAGCUUUUAAAAACGAUAUUCAAUUCUGGAAUAACAGAAAAUCACUGGAGGGUUUGUCCGUCAGAUCGGUGUUCUUCAACGUGUUUCAGUCCGUCGUGGUGUUGCUCUACGUUCUCGACAAUGACACAAAUAUGAUGGUCAGGAUAUCCGUAUUUGUCGGACUACUCAUCGAGAUCUGGAAGAUACACAAAGUGUUAAAUAUAGAGAUCAAGAGAGAACAGAGAAUCUUUGGUAUAAUUCCUAAGAUUACAUUCUCUGACAAAGGAUCAUAUGUCGAAUCUUCCACAAAAGUUUAUGAUCUGAUGGCAUUCCGUUAUCUAUCAUUGGUGUUGUUUCCUUUACUGGGUUGUUACGCCAUAUAUUCCUUAUUAUAUCUCGAACAUAAAGGGUGGUAUUCAUGGGUGUUGGGUAUGCUUUACGGUUUUCUACUUACAUUCGGUUUUAUCAUGAUGACUCCUCAGUUAUUUAUUAACUAUAAACUUAAAUCUGUCGCACAUCUUCCGUGGCGUAUGCUAACAUACAAAUUUCUUAACACUUUCAUCGACGACAUCUUUGCUUUCGUUAUCAAAAUGCCAACCAUGUACCGCCUGGGCUGUUUCAGAGACGAUAUCGUGUUCUGCAUCUUCCUGUAUCAACGUUGGAUCUAUCAGGUGGAUCCAAAGAGAAUUAACGAAUUCGGAACGAGCGCAGAAAUGGAAACGCAGCACAAAGAGAAUUCCGCCGCCAACGGGGUGGUGCCGGCAGAACUGGAGGCGAGCGUGGAGAGCAAGAAGGAUCAAUAGAGGAAGCAAUAGUCCAUUUCUCUCACAUUUUUCUGCCAUUUUUCAAUGGUAAUAAAUGUAAAUCAUCGAGGCAGGCAUUCGACCAGGUUGGUGUCUCCUAUGUGAAAACAGUAAAGAUGCAUAUCAGAUACCAACGUGUUUUGUUUCUCUCUCCUUUUUUUUUUUUGUUUUUUUUUCAUGUUGUCAAAAUUUUAUUUUUAAAUCGAUUGUAACUUGGCUACGUUAUUUUAGCUAGUCAUUAAAAAACAAAUGUCACAGAUUGUGUGCUAAAUUUUGACAAGCUUUAGUGUGACAAUAAAAUGAUUGAAAUAUU